GCUGGUCCCCAAGCACCCGUCUAAUAUUAAAUUGGUCGCAUGGGUCGGCACUCCUCAUAAACUAAGAUGGAUGCGUUCAAACUGCUGACGAGGUCCACCAAGUUCAAGACUGGUAGUUCCCUGUCCUCCACGCUGCCGUCCAAAGGCAAGGCGGAGAACCCCCAGCUCUUCCGCGACUCUCAGACCGAGCUCCUGGAAGCAAGCACCCUGGGCAAGAAACGGAAGAGAAUCCCAGCAGCGGGCGAUUCAGACUCGGAAGAUGGCGACGCCGCGGAACUAGACUUCUUCGGCUCAGGUAAAAAGUCGACGACGGCUGGCGCAUCGUCGAAAAAGGAACAGGAGGGUCCUGUUGACGCGAAAGAUGGAUCUGAUUCGGAAGACGAUGAGUCUAUGGAUGAAGUGCAGCGUCGGACGAUCUUGAACUCCCACAAGAUCAAGGUGACUGAUAUGCGCGAUUUCGAGGAAGUUCAGCCGGCGCAACCGCAAGCUCAGAAUGAAGAGUCUACGAAGAAAAAGAAGAAGAGAAAGCAGCAGAAGGAAGAGCCCGUUCAGGCUCUCACUAAGAAGGAACAGAAGAAAGCCCGUCGGCUGUUUCCACAGCCUUUGGUGUCCUUCAAGGAGCUGCGGUCAAAGUACAAGAUCUCCCGGCGACUUGCGGAGAACAUCGCUGAGCAAGGUUUCACUGUCCCUACGGAAGUUCAACUGGGUAGUCUCCCUUUGUUGCUGGGAGAUCGGUCACUCUCCCAGAAGUCUGGCACCGAGGAGAGCAUCGAGCCGGAUCUCUUGACUGUCGCGCCCACGGGAAGUGGCAAGACGCUGUCGUUCAUGAUCCCGGUGAUUAACAAGAUUGUCCGACACCACCAUGCGCAGUCCGAAGAACGUGGAAUCUUCGCUGUCGUCGUCGCCCCGACCAAGGAGCUUGCCAGUCAGAUUGUUAAUGAGGGCAGGAAGUUGGCCGUGGGAACCGGCGUGAAGAUCACGCUGAUGAAGAAGGGAAUGCGGGUAGUAGAUCGCCACGAUGAUGACGAGAAAGAUGUUCUGGAUGAAGAUGACUCGGGGUCUUCGGAAUCCGAGGAUGAUGAAAAGACCGCCGAAACGACCAGCAAGGCACAGGCACCUGUGACCAAGAGCGACAUUAUCGUAACGACUCCACUCCUUCUGGUUAACUCGCUUUCUGCAAACAAGACCAAGCCAAUGGGGACCAUGCCUCUGGUAAGGAACCUGGUUUUGGAUGAAGCGGACGUUCUCUUGGAUCCCCUUUUCCGCGAGCAGACUCUCGACAUCUGGCGCGCGUGCACACAUCCCGAACUUCGAGCGAGCCUGUGGUCAGCGACGAUGGGAUCAAGCGUCGAAGACUUCGCCAAGUCGACGAUCAAGGAGCGAAAGGAGGCUUCGAGCCAAACCAAGUCUUACCCGUUGCUUCGUCUCGUGGUCGGGCUGAAGGACUCGGCCAUCCCCAACAUCAAACACAAGCUGAUCUAUGCCGCCACCGAGCAAGGAAAGCUGCUGGGCCUAAGACAGCUCCUUCAUCCCGCCGCAGCGUCAGCGACGGAUGUGCGCCUCCGUCCGCCUUUCUUGAUCUUCACCCAGACGAUUCCCCGAGCGGUUGCCCUACAUUCCGAACUGCGCUACGACAUCCCUCCUGAGGCCGGUGGUUCCUCACGUAUCGCCGUUCUCCACUCGGAUCUAUCGGAUGGCCAACGGUCCGAUAUCAUGAAGCAGUUCCGGAAAGGAGAAAUCUGGAUUCUUGUCACAACAGAUCUUCUUGCCCGUGGUGUUGAUUUCCGAGGCAUCAAUGGAGUUGUUAACUACGAUAUCCCCAAUUCCGCUGCAGUCUACGUCCACCGCGUGGGACGGACUGGCAGAGCCGGUCGCGAAGGCGGAAUUGCUGUCACAUACUACACCAAGGAGGAUAUUCCCUACGUCAAGAGCAUUGCAAAUGUCAUCGAUGUCAGCGAGAAGCUCCGAGGCACAUCCGAGGAGAAGUCCGUGCAGAAGUGGCUGUUGGAUGCCCUCCCAGACCUCACCAAGAAGAACAAGCAGGAGCUCAAGAGGCAUGGCGUCAAAGCCAGACAGACGCCCAAGGGCGACAAGGAUGACAAUAAAGACAAGAAGUCAAGAAUCAGCACGAAGAGUGGAUACGAGCGACGCAUGGAGAACAAGAAGAGGGACUUGAUCGCAGCGAGCCGCAACAGGAAAUCCCAACCGCAGCCUGGUGCAGACGCUGACAGCGACGACGGCUGGGCAGGCCUUCAGGAUUAGGUUGGCAUGAGCAUAAUGCAUGUCCAAUCUACGGAAUAUUUCUUGUACGAUUAAACCAAAAUUUACCCUACGAUUCCCCAAUCCAGCACAUGGAUAUAGAUCAGGAGUUGUCAUUUUUAUUUUGUUG